AUGGACCAAAUUCUAUAUUUCAUUCUUCUCAUUGCUCUCUGCUCCGUAUCUGAAUGUGUUCAGCGUCAGUAUCACUUUAUAAACGUGAACAAGACCUGGACUGAAGUUCAGAGAUACUGCAGAGAGAAAUACACAGAUCUGGCCACCGUUGACAACAUGAACGACAUGAAGAAGCUGAAGAAGAGUGUGAAGGAUGAAGGUGUUCAGUAUGUCUGGAUUGGGCUGCAGAAUAAGACGGGUGUUGAAAAAUGGCAGUGGUCUUCAGGUGAACCUGCGCUCUAUCUGGAUUGGGCUCCUGGACAACCUGAAAACAGUUACUGUGUAAUUGUAUUAAAUGGACAAUGGCAUGAUUUGCCAUGUUAUAGCAUCAAUACUUUCAUCUGCAACAACAGUGCGGCAGGACUCGUCUUUGUCAAUCAGACGAUGAAUUGGAGAGACGCUCAGAGUUACUGCAGACAGAAUCACACUGAUCUGGUCACUGUGAGGAACCAGAAUGAGAAUCAACAGCUUCAGAAGAUCAUUAGUGAUAAUCAUUUAACUGCAUCACGUGUCUGGAUCGGUCUGUUCAGAGACUCAUGGCAGUGGUCAGAUCAGAGUGACUCUUCAUUCAGAUACUGGAAUAAGGGUGAACCUGAUAAUGCUGGAGGUGAUGAAAACUGUGCAGUGAUCAAUCAGAAAGCUGUUGGACAAUGGCAUGCCAUCUCUUGCACCAAACAAUAUCCUUUUGUGUGUCAUGAAGAUAAACUGAUUCUGAUCAAAGAGAAUCUGACAUGGCCUGAAGCUCUGAGAUACUGCAGACAGAAUCAUGUGGAUCUGGUCUCGGUUCAUUCAGAAGAGAUUCAGCGUGAGGUGAUGAAUGUGGUUAAACAGGCGUCUACUGAGGCGGUGUGGUUGGGUUUACACAACUACUGCAGCAUGAACAUGUGGCUCUGGUUGAGCGGAGACAUCGUGUGCUAUCAGAACUGGGCUCCAGGGAACGGAGCAGAACCGGAAGACUGCCGCCUCGAGAAGAGAAAAGGAGCAGUUCAGUCUGGAGGAGAUCAGCGCUGGAUCAGCCUUCCUGAAACUCACAAACUCAACUUCAUCUGCAGUAAUUAUGAGUGAAAAGACACGUGAAUGUUUCUGUUUACUUGCAUGCACUGCUUUCAUACAUCAUUAAGCUCUGAGUGAAUUGUUUUAUUUCCAUUUUUUUAAUUGUCAUGACAUAAUGUGAUCUUAUUAAAGUUUUCUAACAUUAUUGUUUGAUAUUCUUUAGAUGUUAUGUGUGUUUUAAGAAUCUCUUUUCAUAUCUGGUGUGGUUACAUCUGUAUGUUUUUCACUAAUCUAUAUCUGUAGCGAUAAAUAACUGGUUGAAUGUGAUUCUGUGAGCAGCAGAUCUUACGAAUAAUAAUGUUUCUGUCACUGCAGAAUGAUGAAAUCUGGUUUGUUCUCAGUGAAGGUUGGGUGUAAAAUAUCUAGUGUUUGAUCUAAACAUGAACCAGUAGACUCAUGAAAUGAACAUGUGAUACAGACAUGAGCUCAAAUAAACUCAUCUACAGCCAGUAUUCUCAUCUCCUUUUCCUAAUUUCUCACCGAUUUCACAACGACCGGUCAAAUGAU